AUGAGGGAUGUAGAAGGCUGGAUUGAGUUUGUUGUUCAGGCAGGGCAGGAAUAUGAAGAUUUGCCGCUCUUUUUUUUCUUGAUUUCACAGGAUAACUUCUUCAAUGCUAGUAUUCCUUCUUUGGGUCUACGUAAUGUCAUAUAUAUCAAUGAAACACAUACGAGGUACAGAGGGUGGCUUGCAAGACGCUUUUGUUAUGUCCUUUUUGUGCAAGAGAGGGAUGUUCAUAAGGGUAUGUUUGCCAAGAAUCUGACAGAAAAUGUGCUGAAUAACAGCAGAGUCCAGAAGGCCAUUGUAGAUGAAGCUUCUGAACCAAGUGCUCCAGGUAGUUUUGCUCAAACGGAUCCUAAAGCUAUCAACAAAGUGAAGAAAAAAGCUAGGAAAAUUCUUCAGGAAAUGGUAGCAAAUGUGUCACCUGCUUUAAUCAGGUUGACUGGCUGGGUGUUACUGAAGUUGUUUAACAGUUUUUUCUGGAAUAUUCAGAUCCACAGAGGUCAAAUAGAAAUGGUCAAAGCAGCAACAGAGAUGAAUUUGCCUCUUAUCUUCUUGCCUGUUCACAAAUCCCACAUUGACUAUUUGCUCCUUACAUUCAUUCUUUUCUGCCAUAACAUCAAAGCACCCUACAUUGCUGCAGGGAACAAUCUCAACAUCCCCAUCUUCAGCACAUUGAUCCGCAAGCUGGGAGGAUUUUUCAUCCGUCGAAAGUUAGAUCAGAGUCCUGAUGGUCGUAAGGACUUCCUCUACAGAGCUUUACUUUACGUGCACAUAGAAGAAUUGUUGAGACAGCAGCAGUUUUUAGAAAUAUUCUUGGAAGGCACGCGGUCUCGAAGUGGAAAGACAUCAGGAGCCAGAGCAGGUCUUUUAUCUGUGGUGGUGGAUGCUCUCUUCUCAAAUGCUACUCCUGACGUCCUAAUUAUACCUGUGGGAAUCUCCUAUGAUCGCAUAAUUGAAGGUCACUAUAACAGUGAACAGCUGGGCAAGCCUAAGAAGAAUGAAAGUCUUUGGAGUAUAGCUAGAGGAGUCUUCAGAAUGCUGCGCAAGAAUUAUGGGUGUGUCAGAGUAGAUUUUGCACAACCGUUUUCCUUAAAAGAAUAUGUAAACAGCCAAAGCCAAAAACCUGUGCCUGCUUCUCUUUCUUUGGAACAAGCUUUGUUACCAGCUAUACUUCCAUCAAGACCUAAUGAUACUGUGGAUGAAGGUACAGAGGCCUCACUGCCCAACUCCAGGGAUAUCACCAGUGAACCCUUCAGAAGAGAGCUAAUAUCCAACUUGGCUGAGCAUAUAUUGUUCACUGCUAACAAGUCCUGUGCUGUGAUGUCUACCCACAUCGUUGCCUGUUUGCUGCUGUACAGACACAGGCAGGGAACUGAUCUUUCCAGGUUGGUAGAAGAUUUCUUCUCCAUGAAGGAGGAGGUCUUAGCCCGUGACUUUGACUUGGGAUUUUCAGGGAACUCAGAUGAUGUUGUCAUGCAUGCCAUCCACCUGUUAGGGAACUGUGUAAAUAUCACAAACACUAGCCGGAACAAUGAGUUCUUCAUCACUCCCAGCACAACGAUACCUGCUGUCUUUGAACUCAACUUCUACAGCAACGGAGUACUUCAUGUAUUCAUUAAAGAGGCCAUUAUUGCCUGCAGUCUUCAUGCAGUUCAGAGUAGGAGGUACAGAAAUGGUACCAAUGGUGCUUCUCCCAGUUUGAUUAGUCAAGAACACCUGGUCCGAAAAGCUGCCAGCUUGUGUUACUUGCUUUCUAAUGAAUUUACUGUAUCUUUGCCUUGCCAGGUGAUAUAUCAAGUUUGCCAUGAAUCUGUGGAAAGGCUGAUACAAUAUGGCAUUCUUCUGGUGGCCGAGGAUGAUCAGGAGGAUGUUAGCCCCAGUCUUACAGAACAGCAAUGGGAUAAAAAACUUCCUGAGCCAUUGUCUUGGAGAAGUGAUGAGGAAGAUGAAGACAGUGAUUUUGGAGAAGAGCAGAGAGAUUGCUACCUGAAGGUGAGCCAGUCUCAAGAGCACCAGCAGUACAUCACUUUCCUGCAGAGGUUAUUGGGACCUUUACUCGAGGCAUAUAGCUCUGCUGUCAUCUUCGUGCACAAUUUUAGUGGUCCUGUUUCAGAGUCUGAAUACCUUCAAAAGUUACACAGGCACUUAAUAAGCAGGACGGAGAAGAAUGUUGCUGUAUAUGCUGAGAGUGCUACCUACAGUCAUGUGAAAAACGCAGUGAAAGUCUUUAAGGAAAUUGGGGUUUUCAAUCAGACAAAACAAAGAAGAGAUGUCAUUUUGGAACUAAGCACUACGUUCCUACCUCAGCGCAACCGGCAAAAACUACUGGAAUUCGUCAUGAGCUUCAUGGUAUUAUAGACCACAUAUAGCACCUUUGUCCAGGGACAUGAAGACAGGUUUAGAGACUGUGUCAAAGCCUGGGGACAUUUGCUAAUCCUUCAGAGUGUAAGGUGCCACUGUCUGGGUAAGGCCUCCUCUGACUUGAACUACUGGAAGACAAGUGCCUUCUUACGUAUGCAUUUAUGGGUUUCUUACAGUCCCAAUCCUGUUGUAAUACAGCAAUGCUCAGAUGACACUUUGGAUACAAGUAAUUAAACAUGUUGCAAAAAAUAAGAUAAAUUAUUAGAAUUAGAUUUAAAAUGAAGAGUGAAAUUUUAUCAGUGUUACAUUUUAAAUAUACUUUUAAAGACUGUAACAGAUGCACAAAUACACGUAUUGGCGAUCUGUAGCUAACCCUGAGAUCUUGAGUUUAGUGGCAACGCAGCUUAUGGCAUAAA